AUGGCUACAAUUGAUUUUAACAUUCAUUACAUAACAUAUUUUGGACAAGAAUUAUAUAUUUGUUUCAACGACAGUGAAUACCUUCCAAUGAGCUGGACAAGUGGACAUAUAUGGGUUGGCAAAAAAACUAUCAACGGACCUAUUCAUCUUGAAUGGUACUAUCUUGUAAAGGUUCACAAUAAAAUACAAAGAAUAGAAGAAGUUCAUGGACUUCGUGAAUAUAACUUUAAUGGAAAUAAUGUUUCUGUUAGAGAUUGGUGGUAUUAUCCUGAUUUAACUUAUGUCACUGAUGUUUUACAUGAACAAAGUACUAUGAAUAGACAAGACAUUAACAAACAACUGUUAGAUGAAAAAAUAUUUAAGGCAAAGAAAGAAGCAGAAGAGAAAGCAAAGAAAGAAGCAGAAGAAAAAGCAAAGAAAGAAGCAGAAGAAAAAGCAAAGAAAGAAGCAGAAGAAAGAGCAAGAAAAGAAGCAGAAGAAAGAGCAAGAAAAGAAGCAGAAGAAAGAGCAAGAAAAGAAGCAGAAGAAAAAGCAAGAAAAGAAGCAGAAGAAAAAGCAAGAAAAGAAGCAGAAGAGAAAGCAAAAAAAGAGAAAUCUGAGAAAGAAAAACAAGAACGGUUAAAACAACUUCCAAGCUUAGAUGAAAGCGUUGGAUUUUAUCCAGUUCAAAGAAGCAAAGGAAGUCCAUCUUCAUCAGAGAGAUCAUCAGAAAGAAGUGAAAGUAAUAGACUAAAACGUUCUUCUCAAAUUCAGGAACAAAUAAGAAAAUAUGAGGAGCUCGCAAAGAGCUCACAAGAAGAAGUUCAAAAGAAUCUAAGACAUUCAUCAUCUUCACAGAGAGUAUCAAAAAAUUUUGGUAAAUAA